AUGCAAUUAUGGUUCGUGAUUUUGUGUUUAUUAGGCCGCGUUGCUGCGGAAGAUUAUCCCUCCCUCAUAACUUCAAAUGCAUCCAUAGCUGUAGUUCUGGAUCACCAGUUCCUCAAGGAUCAGUACCAGGGUAUAACGGACGAGUUGAAGGAUUACAUCAAAGAACUAGCACGGGUUAAGCUUAAGCAUGGUGGAGUAAUUGUGCAUUAUUACUCUUGGACUGCCAUCAAUCUGAAAAAAGGAUUUCUAGCGGUAUUUAGCGUCACUUCAUGCGAAGACACUUGGUCAUUAUUUAAGCGAGUUCAAGAUGAACAAAUGCUUUUUUUUGCUCUUACCGAAGUAGAUUGCCCGCGGCUCCCAUCCAAUGCUGCUAUCACUGUCACGUCUUCUGAUACCGGUGAAGAACUUCCCCAAAUUGUUCUUGAUCUUCGCACUGAAAAGGCGUUUAAUUGGAAAUCCGCUAUUCUUCUCCAUGACAAUACUUUAAGUCGAGACAUGAUAUCUCGAGUGGUCCAAUCCAUGACAUCGCAAAUAGACGGUAAACCUUCCAUCUCCGUAACCUUAAUAAAAAUGAGACAUGAGACCAACGAGUAUUUAAGAAGGAAAGAGAUUUACAGAGUAUUAUCCAAACUCCCAGUUAAAUAUAUAGGUGAAAAUUUCAUAGUCAUAGUAACGACAGACACUAUGACAACAAUGGCUGAAGCUGCGCGUGAUCUUCACAUGUCACACACUCUUGCGCAGUGGCUGUAUAUCGUAUCAGACACAAAUAGACGGAAUGGCAAUCUAUCCACAUUGAUCAACGAAUUGUUUGAAGGAGAAAAUAUUGCUUACAUUUAUAAUAGGACCGAUGAUGGGACACACUGUCAGAAUGGAAUUCUAUGUUACUGCAAGGAAUUGAUGGAUGCGUUCAUAUUAGCUUUGGAUGCUGCAGUGCAGGAGGAGUUUGACGUUGCAGCACAGGUUUCAGAUGAAGAGUGGGAAGCCAUUCGGCCUGAUAGACUGCAGCGGAGGGACAUGUUAUUAAGACAUAUGCAGCAACAUAUAACAGCACAUAGCAAAAGCACAGAUUUGACCAGCAACAAAGAUGAUGAUAAUGUGACAACUGUUAUUGAAAACGUCGACUUGCUUCAGGUUGCGUUUUGGCGCCCAAUAGAUGGAUUUAUGUUUGAGGAUGCAUUGUUUCCGCAUAUACAACAUGGUUUCCGUGGCAAAGAAUUGUCUAUAUUGACCUACCAUAAUCCGCCAUGGACUAUAUUGGUGACAAAUGCAUCGGGGGCUGUCGUAAAUUAUGGUGGUCUAUUAUUCGAUAUAAUUGGACAAUUUGCUAAAAGUAAAAAUUUCACAAUCCGUAUCGUCCUACCGGGGCAUGUGAAAGAGGAAUCUUCGAAUGAAACAUCUACAGAUAUGAUGCACAGUACAAGUGCAAGGUUGACGUUAUCAGCAGUCGCAAAGGGAAAAGUGGCUUUCGCCGCUGCAGCUUUCUCAAUCUUAUCUGAUCCUCCACCAGGUAUAAACUACACAAUUCCUGUGAGUAUUCAGCCGUACGCUUUCAUGAUAGCACGUCCUCGAGAACUUAGCAGAGCGUUAUUAUUUUUACUACCAUUUACAACCGAUACAUGGCUCUGUUUAGGAUUUGCAGUGAUUUUUAUGGGGCCAACAUUAUUCAUAAUACAUAGAAUAAGCCCUUUUUACGAUGCUGAGGAUAUCACAAGAGAAGGAGGAUUAUCGACUAUACAUAAUUGUUUGUGGUAUGUUUACGGGGCUUUAUUGCAACAAGGUGGAAUGUACCUCCCACGAGCAGAUAGUGGUAGACUAGUAGUUGGUACUUGGUGGAUAGUGGUAUUAGUGGUUGUUACAACGUACUCUGGGAAUCUUGUCGCAUUUCUAACCUUUCCUAAACUGGAAAUUCCUGUGACUACUGUCAGUGAACUGUUACUGAAUAGAGCAACUUAUACAUGGUCAAUUAAUAAGGGAUCUUAUUUAGAACGUGAAUUAAAGAACUCAGAUGAUCCAAAAUAUGUGUCUCUACUAAAAGGUGCUGAGCUGACGAGUUCACUGACCGCAAUGGAAGCGAACAAUAUGGCUGGGGCGAAUUUACUUAACCGGGUCAGAAAGGAGCGUCACGUGAUGGUGGAUUGGAAGUUGAGAUUAAAUUAUAUAAUGCGAGCCGACACUGUGGCCACGGACUCUUGUGAUUUUGUUUUAGGUUUUGAAGAGUUUAUGGAGGAAAGAAUCGCCUUAAUCGUACCCGGUGCUAGUCCAUACCUGCCUGUUAUUAAUAAAGAAAUUAAUCGCAUGCAAAAAGCGGGGCUCAUAUCAAAAUGGUUGAGCGCUUAUUUACCAAAGCGUGACCGGUGUUGGCAGAGCUCCGUUAUGACUUGGGAAGUGAAUAACCAUACUGUCAACCUCAGUGACAUGCAGGGCUCAUUCUUUGUUUUGUUUCUAGGCGUUCUUUCAGCUACAACAGUUUUGUUGACCGAAUGGUUUUGGAAUAGAAGAAAUAAGAAGAUCGAGCAAGUGGUCAUUCAGCCUUACUUGAAUUAA